CCGCCUUGGUUACAUAGUAGUUAAGGAAAUAUUACCUACUCGUUUCCCCAGAGUGAGUUCAAUUUCCAAUAGUUCCCUACCAGUUUAUAGCUGCUGUCCGGAUCCUGCAGUUGCAUUUAGAGCUAGUUCGACCUGCGCCAUGGGUGUGAAAAUUCAUGUUGUUUACUGUGGUGGAUGAGGGUACAAGCCCAAGUUCACCAGAUUCAAGACAUUGCUUGAGGAUGAAUUCCCGGGCGAGCUUGACAUAACUGGUGAAGGUACCCCUACAUCAACUGGAUAUUUUGAGGUGGAGGUAGAGGGAAAGUUGGUGCACUCCAAGAAGAAUGGGGAAGGGUUUGUAGAUGAUGCCAAGAAAAUGGAUAAAGUUGUGAGUGCCGUCGAGAAGUGUCUGGGCAAAUAAGUGUUUGCUGACAGAGUUUUACUUCCUCUGUUGUACUUCCUCCUGGGAAUUGCGAAUGAUGGUGUUGCCUAAAGUGUCUAUGGCACGGGUAGCAUUUGAUGGUUUAGACUCUUCCUUGGAGAGGGCCGACAGUGUGUGUGUGAAACUCCUACAGUUGCACUACUUUAUGGGAAUUCAAUUUAUAGACAAUUGGAAUUUAUUUAAGGGCAUUGUAUUAUAUCUGCUACCAUCCAAAAAAGUAAAUAUUUGAUGUUCAAGGGUAUAUAUAUACUAUCUCAAAAUAAAAAGAAACCACUGUUUUGAAA